AUGGCGUCCGACAUCAGCCAGGAAGACUUUGCCUUUUCAGACUUGUUUCUCGAUAAUCCACCUGGUGGCGAUUUAUCUGCAAGUUUUAUCCCAGAUGAGACCGAGCAGCCAGUCCUACUGGAGGUCAAACAUCACACCACAUUCGAUAACGAUGCAUCCUUGCACUGCCGGGCUGAAGAAAGCUCAUCGAAAGGGAUGUUAGACUUCACGUGUUUGGUGACAGCACCGAGGAUCAUCCCAGCUCCCAGCCCCAGGAUUGAGAUCACUCCAUCAGGAGACUCACUCAACUCUGAAACCUUACAGCAGAGCCCUGGCUCCAAAUCCCUGGGGGCCUACCGGGAAUGUGCAAGCCCCGCAAGUAGCAACUCUUCCACUGGCUGGCCUACAGAUGGAUGCUCUCCAUCUGCUUCUCCAUGUAUCUCCCCUUCCAACAGAGGUGCCACAGAGUUAUCCACCCUAGAUCUCUGCCCCUUUCUCCAGAGUAUACAAACAUCUUCCACCAACUCUUCACCGGCUAACAGCUUUACCGAUGAGCUCUUCCUCCUGCCUCAGCAACAAGUCAACCGCUCACCACUAAUGCACAGGCGCUCCCGCUCAGUGUCACCACAAGGCAAGCGUGCCUACGACCAGGCCCUCCCUUGUUCAGAGGGCACUCCUGUCAAACAACGCUCCCGGAGCCCAAGCCCUGUCCCUUCAGCCAACAACCUCCUGAGCUCCUAUCCAUUCUAUCAGGGUCAGGCUCCAGGCGAGCACCAGACUCAAGCACAGGCCUCUGUGCCUAGCACGGAGGACAAGGUGAGCAGCGUCAUCUUAUCGCAAGAUAUAGUGCAAGGUGCACAUUGUUCAAAUCCAAGGCCAAGUUGCGUGUACAGUGGAGGACCUGAACUGGAGAGGGUUGGCAGGGUGGGAGCUGACAUCAGGUCUGGAGUCUUCUGCGUCCUCCCAACUUCAUGGCCUCCUCAUUCGGUCCACCUUGGAGCAUUUGGAGGUGCUUCCUUGGCACCACUACCCUCUCUAGAAUGGCCAUUGCCCAGCCAGUGCAGUCACUAUGAGCUGGAAAUCAAGACCCAGCCAAGGUCUCACCACAGAGCUCACUACGAGACCGAGGGCAGCCGCGGACCCAUCAAGACACCAAACGGCGGACACCCCGAAGUCCAGCUACAUGGUUAUCGAGGCAUAGCUCCACUGAGCCUUCAGGUCUUCAUCGGGACCGCUGAUGAGAGGCUGAUGAGACCGCACGCCUUCUACCAGGCUCACCGCAUCACUGGAAAGACUGUGACCACACCCAGCAUGGAGAGGAUGGUGAAUGGGACCAAAGUGUUGGAAAUCUCUCUCCAGCCAAAGAACAAUAUGAGAGCGCUGAUCGACUGUGUCGGAAUUCUGAAGCGGAGAAAUGCUGACAUCGAGUUGAGGAAUGGCGAGACUGACAUCGGGCGCAAAAACACGCGGGUGCGCUUGGUGUUUCGAGUUCACAUACCACACCCUGGAGGCCAGUUGGUGUCACUUCAAGUUGCCUCUCAUCCUAUUGAAUGCUCCCAACAUUCAGCUCAAGAGAUCCCCUUGGUCAAGAUGCAGAAUAUGGACCAAUGCUCUGUUCUUGGUGGACAACAAAUGCUCUUGACUGGGCAGAAUUUCACAUAUGACUCCAGAGUGAUGUUCUCAGAGAGGACACAAGAUGGCCAGCAAAUUUGGGAGGUGGAGGCAACUGUUGACAGAGAAAAAAGCCAAGCUAAUAUGCUGCUGGUCGAGGUCCCUCCAUAUCGAAAUUGGACAAUUUGUCAUCCAGCCAAAGUCAAUUUCUAUGUUAUCAAUGGGAAGAAAAAGCGCAGUGAACUACAGCAUUUCAUCUACACCCCCGUGAUAGCCAUUAAAAGUGAGCCACCGGAUGAGGGUCAGGUGAACUUCUGCGAUUACUCCAACACUCAACCACGGUCUGAUAUGCCAGUGAAGUCACUCUUCCAUCGGUUGGAGAAGGAGAGGAAUCCUCAAUCGUUCAGUGCACUGGCAUCAGAUUCCUGGGAUUAUCAACCAGUGUUUUACCCCUCAAGUGCCAGCAGACUAAUCAGCAACCCAGAGAUGUAUUGCCCUACAAACCAGAUUUACUAUCCAAAUUAUGCUACCACUGUCUGUAGUGGGGUUCUUAAAGCAUCUUCCAGCAUUCAUGCUUCAGUCCUUCCCCCUAACGGUUCUGAUAUCAAAAGGGAAAAAGUGAGUCAAAAUCCUCAAGUCAUACAGACAUUCCAGGCCUAUUCAUCUUCAAAGCAUCAAAAUUACACGCAAGUUGUACGAUCUUUAGGCAAGUCGCCGCAUUCCAAAUUAGUCCAAGGUGAUAGUUGCGGGAGGUCUUUAAUACAGACUGGCUCAGAUGGAACCGACCAAGAAGCUCCAACACAAGAGAGGGUUACAAUCAAACAAGAGGACCUUAGCUGUGUCUACCUGGAAGAUGUGAAUGACAUUAUACGAAGAGACCUGAGAGACCAUCACAGUGACGAUGGAGGCCAGCGAUAUCCCAGACUCUAA